AUAAUCACAGCUGCGUUUCGUAACCUGUUUAUCUUAAGCCAUGUWAAAAACCAAUAACCAYGAACAUAUAUUUAAAAACUGCCAAAAGACUGAAGAUCGAUAUUUGAUUUAACCGAAUAUUUUUAGURCAUUAUUCGCGAUYCGGUCAUUCGACAGAUUCGUUCAUUUUGAUUCAUUCAGUCGCAACCAUCAUUGUAAUGGGUUUGUUGGACGUCCAUAGGGUGAAUUUUUUUUCACCUGAACUAUUGUCGAUCCAAUGCAUGGUCGCCGAAAAUGACACUCAAAAAGUAGCGGUAGGAAGGUCUAAUGCAUCAAUUGAAAUAUGGGACGUCUCCUACAAGCCACACAUCGAUAGGGUAUUGAUAUGUGACAGUAGUGUCGAGGGUCUCGCAUGGUACAACGGUAGGUUGUUCAGCUGUAGUGCAAAUGGCACUGUUACGGAACACGACUUGUACAGUCUUUCGCCUUUGUAUAACAAAACUGUAACAUCCGGAUCAUGUUGGUGUAUAGCAAUCCAUAAAAGUAGUGGACGUUUAGCCGCUGGAACUCAAGAUGGUUAUAUAAAUAUAUUUGAAAUAACAUCAGACAGUUUAACUUAUGAUAGAUUAAUGGACAAACAAGAAGGUAAGAUAAAUUGUAUUUCAUGGGAUUCAAGUGGUGAAUGGCUGGUCACAGGUUCCAUAAAUGCUUUACGUAUUUACAGCCGAAGAAGUGGUCAUGCUCUACACAAACUUCCAACUGGUCAAACUGAGACAAUCGUGUCAUCAAUAGCAGUCACCAAUGAUUUCACAAUCAUAAGUGCUGAUUCCCGUGGUAAAUUAUGUUUUUGGGAUGGAAAUAAAGGCACAAACAUAGCCAAUUACCAAGCACUGAAAUCAAAAGCACUUACAGUAUGUUUAGAUGAAUCACAAACCAAAGUUUACUGUAGUGGUGUUGAUCCACUUAUUGUUUGUUAUGAGCUAAUAUCUAUGAAAUCUGAUAUGAGUGUUGAAUGUAACAAAUGGGUAAGAAGUGUACAACUAGUGGCACAUACAGUAGAAGUACGGUCAUUAGUUUAUUUUAAAGGAAAAUUAUUUUCAGGAGGUAUUGAUGGAUACUUAUCAGUGAGCAGCUAUCCUCCAAAACAUAUGGUUAAAUACCCUCCAUUGAUGCCUUCAACUAUAUCUCUAGCAACAGAAGCUCGCUAUGUUUUGAUGUUACAUCUGAGUCAUUUAGAUGUUUGGUAUUUGGGGGAUAAACAUAAAUAUGAAAACAAAUUAUCUAAACUGUUAACCAUCAAAUAUUCAAAAAAUGACUAUGUACGAUGUUCAGCAAUCUCACCUGAUGGCACAUGGGUUGUUUAUUCAACUGAAGAGAAACUUAAAAUAUUCAGUUUGAUUGUGGAUUCUGUCACCUGUGAACCAAUGAUUAUAAAGACAGGCAUUCAACCAGUUGAGUGUGAUGUUUCUACUCACUUGGCAUUUUCAUCUGAUAGCAAAUACUUAUGGUUUGCUACAAAACAUGAAAAUACCUUGGUUUGUUUAGAGAUGUCUCACAAGUUUGAUUUAUCUACUAAAUAUUGCAUUGAUACUACUCCCUAUUUCAAAGAUUUAAUACAUUUAUUGGAAGUGUCUAAAUGGAGUAAAUACGUUGUCGCAGCUGAUAGAAAAAGCAAUAUUGUUGUGUUUAGUGAAGGAAAGCAUUAUUGUACUCUACCAAAAUAUCAUUGUUCUCCAACAAGCAUGAAGAUUCAUCCUACGACUGAAAACCUUGUAAUAGCUUAUGCAAAUCGAAAUGUUGUUGAAUAUAAUUUAAGUAAACGAGAAUACACUGACUUUUCAGAACAAUUAUUUUUAAACCCGCCUAAAGAGUUAAUAAAUAGAUCAUUUCCAAUUAACUGUAUUACAUUUGAUGCUUCAAGAAAUGAUUCCAUUAUUUUUACAGAUGAUAAUACUAUUUGUGUCUUGACAAAAGAUGAAAACRAUUCAAAAGACCUACAGAAAAAAAUUAAGAAAUUAGAAUCUAAACCCAUAAAAUUUUCUCUUAAGAUAAUACAAAAUUAUGAACAUUUGGUGUUUUUUGACUUUUUAAAUCGAGAAGAAUUGGUUGCAGUUGAAGUUAAUCCAUGUUCAUUUGUUGAAAAGUUACCAGCUGUUUACAAAAAAAAAUUGUUUGGCAUGACGUAAUUAAUUAAAUAUAUACUCGAUUAACAGAAU